CGCAAAAGCGAAGGCGCCGCAGCUUGCGCCUGUUCGCGCCGCAGUAGUUAGCCUUUGAGGUGUUCUUGCGGGUAUCAGGGCUUUGAGCGCUUGUGGCUGGCCCGCGGCACUCAAACCUUGCCUGCAAAGGAGAGUGCUCUCCUUUGCGCUUUGCCAGAGGCGACGUCGCACUGCGCACUGGUGCGCCAAGCCACUGGCGACGUCGCAGCAGCGCACCGAGCUCCAAUGGGGCCUCCGCCACGGCGCGCGGCGGCUGCUGCGGUAAUCGUCGCUGCGGCCGUGGUGCAGGUGCCGCGCAUUGCGCCGCUCGUCGACGCGCUGGCGCGUUGUCAACGCCGCGGGAGUGCGCUCGCCACGGUCUUCGAGUCGCGCGCGUCGGCCCUCGCGCACGCGCCGCGCUUCUACGACCGCGCGACGGCCGACGCGAUGUUCGACGAGAUAGCUCAGUAUGCUGGGCUCAAUUUCACGUCCUAUCUGAUCGAAGGCGCGCGCGUCCGCAGCCCGCGGCGCAUGAUGUGGUGCGCGGAGGGCGGCGUCGGCGAAUAUCGUUUUUCGGCGAACCACGUGCCCGGGUUACGCGCACACCCCUUCACGCCGACGCUGCGCCGCAUGCGCCGCGACGUUGAAAGGGCUGUCGGAAAGUCGUUCAACGCGGUCUUGAUCAACCUCUACGCGGACGGCACUGAACACGCCGCGUGGCAUUCCGACGACGACCCGUGGCUGGGCCGCGACUUCGACGUUCCCUCACUCUCGCUCGGCGCGGCGCGGCCGUUCCGGACGCGGCGUCGCGGUGACGUCAACGAGACCUCCGUGACGCUCGGCCAUGGGUCGCUGCUCGUCAUGAAAGGAGCGUUCCAGCGCGACUACGAGCACUCCUUGCCGCGAGUGACUGGCGCCGGCGUGCGGAUCAAUUUGACCUGGCGCUAUAUCACGCCUGCGCUGCGGCACCUGCACAACCUGAAGCCGUCCGUGGCCCGCGUCCUGCUUCACGGCGAUGGCGUGGAGACCCAUACGCCAUCGACGCGCGACUCACGCCCUAUUCCCACGCAGGCGCUGGGACUCCGACGCCUCGCUGCCGGAGCGGCUGGGAGAUCAACAUGUACCAAGCGGCUACUUCGACGACAAUCGGGGGCGAGAUAG